AUGAUUUACGGAUACGAACCUGUGCCAAUAUGUCAAGAUCUACUAUCUCCUCUGUCAUCUGAAGGAACUUGGGAGAAGCUGUCCCAGGUUGCUGUCAAGGGUGCUGAAUAUGACUCUCCCGAACGCCAGCCCCAUCCGAAAUGUUUGGAAGGGACCAGGGUGGAGCUUCUCAACUCCAUCCACGGAUUAUUAGACAACCAAGAGAAGAGCCAAUUAAUUUGGCUGCAUGGCACGGCGGGCGUCGGAAAGUCGGCCGUUGCGUUCACCGUAGCAGAGAGGAUGAAAAUGAGAGACCAGACGAAUAACGAAAGGCGGCUCGCAGGAACGUUCUUUUUCUCGCGCAAGCACACGAAAUGCUGCACGACUGGAUCUUUCUUUGCGACGCUCGUCUAUCAGCUCGCUAGAAAUUUUCCCAGCAUUCGGGAGGACGUGAACAAAUCCAUCCGCGAGAAUCCCGCUCUUCUAGACCCCAACAAGUCUCUCCGCGACAAGAUGGAGGCGUUCUUUCUCCAGCCUCUCCGGAGGCUUCAAUUCAGAUUGCGCGGGUGUCCACCUUUGUCAUUUGUUGUCGAUGCCCUUGAUGAGUGCACAUCCGAAUCCGAGCUGGCCGACCUCAUCUCUCUGCUUGGUCAAGCUCUCCGUGAACCUGAUCUUCCAGUCACCCACGUGCUACUCACGAGUCGCUCAGAAGAGCAUAUCUGUAAAGCCAUUCGGAGAGAAGAAAUGCGCCCACUGGUGUGCGAGAUACCAGUGGACACUUCUGGGAAGGGCGUUGCAGCCACGAUCUCAGUAGACGGCGCAGACGUCGACAAUGAUAUCUAUAUUUUCUUGGAACAUUCCUUCAGACAACUGCAACGUCACCAUCCAGGUUUCCCUCAGCCACCAAGAAAUCAACUUGCGCGGCUUGCUAGCCGAGCGAGCAGACUCUUCAUCGUCGCGUCUACGAUGAUGAAGUUCAUUGAUGAUGGAUACCAUGAUCCCCGCGAUCGGCUUCAGCUCAUGCUUGAGCUAGCAAGUGAACUUCUACCAGGAACGGAAGUGUACAAAUUGUAUGACAGUAUCCUUUCCACAUGUGCCGACCCCAAGUGGGCAUACCUGCACUUAUCCGUCGUUGCUGCCCUUGCGGACCCUCUGUCCAUAUCGCAGAUCUCACAACUGCUCGGGCCUUAUCAGGGUAGGGAUGUCGAGACAACACUGGUGACGCUACGGUCCGUCAUGAAUAUUCCUACUGAUAAUCGUUUCCCCGUGGUUAUCUAUCACUCGUCUGUCCGUGACUAUGUUUCCGACCCUUCAAACUGUAGCCUUCCUCAAGUACAACGCAUCACCUCACCCCACACCCUACUCGCUCAUUCCUCUUUCCGCUUGAUGAUGCAAGACAUUUCGGAAAGCACGGCCCUCCUCGAUGCGCUCUUGGAAUUGAAGAGGCAGAGCCGAUUCAUGAAACCUCAUGGCCCUCAGAGCUUACGGCAGUCAUUAGCCUUUGUCGUCCAGCCACCGGAGCCACUGCAAGCUCUUGUAGGUUUGUUAUGGCUUCGGGGAGAUCGUAGUUUAGAUGUACAACCCUGGUUAGAGACUCUGGGUGGGCGCGCCUGGCUGCAGACGCCAUCGGGAAAAGAGUGGCUGCGAACCCACAGCGGGGAAGACUGGCUGCAUACCAAGGUGGGGUUAGAUUGGCUGCAGACGCAGGAGGGGUUAGACUGGCUGCGGACACAGGGCGGACGGCACUGGCUCCAGACACAAGGCGGGCAAGAUUGGCUUCCGACUCAGGACGGGCAAGAUUGGUUACAGAUCCAGGAUGGACGAGACUGGUUACAGACCCAGGCCGGGUGUGACUGGCUGCAGGCCCAGGACGGGCAAGAUUGGCUGCAGGUCCAGGGUGGGCGAGAUUGGUUGCAGACACAGGGUGGGAGAGUGUGGCUGCAGACCUUGAGCGGGAGAGACUGGCUUCAGGCACCGCCCGGGAGAGAUUGGCUGCAGACCCCACCCGGGAGGGUGUGGCUGCAGACACAAGGCGGGCGUCUGUGGAUGCAGACCCAAGAUGGGCAAACCUGGCUGCAAACCUGGAGCGGGAGAGAGUGGCUACAGACCCAGAGCGGGAGAGAGUGGCUACAGACCCAGAGCGGCCAAGAGUGGAUGCAGAGCUGGAGUGGGCGAGAAUGGCUCCAAUCCGAGGCCGGACGGACGUGGCUGCAGUCUCAGGUAAGGCCAACCCAGCUGCAGACCCAGGCUAGACGAACGUGGCUUCAGACUCAGUAUGCGGAAGCUUGCUGGUCGAAUCAGUUCAAGGACGUUCAAUGGCGGGGCGAACAUGACUGGCUACGGUCUCAAGGUGGACGCGAAUGGCUGAAGAGCGAGGAUGGGCAAUCCUGGCUGCAGAUGCACCAUGAUCAAGCAUGGCAGUCGACUCCUGCGAUGUCGGUCUGGAUGACAAUGGAAGAAUUCUCGAGUAUGUUGGAAGCCGUCAGUGAAUACAUAAUCAUCCCAGAAUCCCCUUUACCGCCUGCCUUUCAAGUGAUCCAGCAGUUUAAGAGCUUACCGGAUUUCUUGAUGCUUCCGGCGUUCCUGGCGUUAAGGUCCCAGGAUCAUUCCACCUCUGUGUUCCCACGGGAUCGUUUUCUACCAGACGUGGAGAUAGUCCACGCUAUGGCUUCGUUUGCAAUGGUUGCAAACGAAACACGGGAAAGAACUCAAUCAGCUUCAGACGCUCUCAAGUACGCCUGUCAAAACUGGGCCUUCCAUCUCUCGCGAGCUCCUAGUCCAUGGGAUGACAGGCUUAACCGUGCAUUCAAGCUCUUCUGGGAUCGUCACCUCCUCUCCUGGCUCGAAAGGCAGUGGUGCCUGAAAGGCUUGCGGUCUUGCCUUAUUGCUUUAUCUGAGGGGCAGAAACUUGCAAAGUCGAUGAGUCAAAAUCCAUCUCCUCUAUCGUCUGAAGGAACUUUGGAGAAGUUGUCCCAGGUCGCUGUCAAGGGUGCUGAAUAUGACUCCCCCGAACGCCAGCCCCAUCCGAAAUGUCUGGAAGGGACCAGGGUGGACGUUCUCGACUGUAUCCACGGAUUGUUCGACAGCCGAGAAAGUCAAAUGAUCUGGCUGCAUGGCAUGGCGGGUGUCGGAAAGUCUGCUGUUGCAUUCACUGUAGCCGAGAGGAUGAAAGCUCUGAGAAUGGCAGACGAGACAAAUCACGAAAGGCGACUCGCGGGAACAUUUUUUUUCUCGCGCAAGCACACGAAACGCUGCACGACUGGUUAUUUUUUUGCAACGCUGGCCUACCAGCUUGCCAGCAAUUUUCCCGUCAUCCAGGAGGACCUGAACAGAGCCAUCCGCCAGAAUCCCGCCCUUCUAGGCCCCGAUAAGUCACUUCGCGAGCAGAUGGAUGCACUAUUUCUUCAACCUCUCUGGAGGCUCCGAUACAGGCUACGCAAGUCUUUGGUGUUUGUUAUUGACGCCCUUGACGAAUGCACAUCCGAAACUGAGCUUGCUGAUCUCAUCUCCCUGCUUGGCCAAGCUCUUCGUAAACCUGAUCUACCCGUGAUCCACAUUCUGCUCACGAGUCACUUGAAAGCACAUAUUCGUGAAGCCAUUCAGAAAUUAGAUGCGCAGCUGGUGCACGAGAUACCUGCAACAACUUAUCGGGACGGUACCAUCAUCUCGUUAGACGGCCCAGAUGUUGACCAUGACAUCUAUGUUUUCCUGGAGUAUUCCUUUACACAGCUGCAACGUCGUCAUCCCGAUUUCCUUCAACUACCAAGGGAUCAACUUAUGCGGCUUGUUAGCCGAGCGGGUAGACGUUUCAUCGUGGCAUCUACGAUGAUCAAGUUUAUCGAUGAUGGAUACAGAGAUCCCCGCGAUCGGCUUGAGCUCAUACUCGAGUUAACGUGUGACUUUCUACCAGGAACGGAGGUGUACAAGCUAUACGACCGUAUCCUUUCCACAUGUGUCGUCCCCGAGCGGGCAUACCUCCACUUGUCCAUUGUUGCUGCCCUUGCGGACCCUCUGUCCAUCCCGCAAAUCUCGAAACUUCUCGGUCCUGGACAGGGCAGUGAUGUCGAACCAACGCUGAUGCAGCUACGGUCAAUUAUGGAUAUUCCUACCGAUAGCCAUCUUCCCGUGAACAUCUGUCACUCGUCCGUCCGUGACUAUGCUUCCGACGCCUCAAAUUGUGGCCUUCCUGGAGUGCAAAACCUCACAGCCCACUCCCUACUCGCUGAACACUCCCUACGCUUGAUGAUACGCGACAUUCCAGGAUGCACGACCCUCCUGGAUGCUCUUUCAGAAUUGAAGAAGCAAAGCAAAGCCAUGCAACCCGAUGACCCCCAGAGUUUAAAGCAGUCAUUAGCCUUUGUAGUCCAGCAUCCGGAGCCAUUGCAAGUUCUUAUAGGUCUGCUAUGGCUCCGAGGAGAUCGCGGUCCAGAUUUACAAUUCUGGCUAGAGACUCUGGAUGGGCGUGCAUGGCUCAAGACCCAGCGUGGGAAAGACUGGCUUCAGACCCAGUGCGGAGAAGAUUGGCUGCACACCAAGGAUGGGUUAGAUUGGCUGCAGACGCAGGAUGGGUUAGACUGGCUGCAGACACAGGGAGGACGACACUGGCUGCAGACACAGGGCGGGCGAAACUGGCUUCCGACUCAGGAGGGGAAAGACUGGCUGCAGACCCAGGAUGGACGAUUCUGGCUGCAGACCCAGGACGGGCGAGAGUGGCUUCGAGAUGGGUUCGACUGGUUGCAGACUCAGGGUGGGCGAGACUGGUUGCAGGCCCAGGGCGGACAAGAGUGGUUGCAGCUGCAGGGUGGGCGAGAGUGGCUGACUCAGGCGGGGGGAGAGUGGCUGCAGACCCAGGCUGGACGAGUGUGGCUGCAUUCCCAUGGCGGACGAGGGUGGCUACAGUCCCAGGACGGGACAACGUGGCUACAGUCCUAUGACGGACGAGAGUGGCUACAAUCCCAGGGUGGCCGAGAGUGGCUACAGACGCCGAGCGGGGGGGAGUGGUUGCAGUCACAGAGUGGUCUUGAGUGGCUGCAAUCUCAACCUGGGCGAAUGUGGCUACAGACACAGGCUAGGCCGACUCAGCUGCAAACCCAGGCUAGGCGAACGUGGCUGCGGGACCAGAUGGCAGAAGCCUCGAGGUUAUUCCUGAUCGCGGAAGCUUCGAGGUUGCACCAGCUCAGCGAUAUCCGGUUACAGGGCGAGCCAAACUGGCUGCGGUCCCAGGGUGGGAAAGAAUGGCUUCAGACAGAGGCCGGGCAUUCCUGGCUGCAGACGCAGGAUGGUAGAGACUGGCAGUCGACUGCUGCAGCGUCUGUGUGGGCGACGAUGGAAGAAUUUUCGAGCACAUUCGGGGCCAUCAGAGAGUACACAAUCAUCCCAGGAUUGCACAUGCUGCCUGCUUUUCAAGUCAUCCAGCUUUUCAGGACAUUGCCCGAUUUCUUGAUGUUUCCGGUGUUCCUGGCGUCACGGCCCCAGGAUCAUUCUACCUCUGCGUCGACACAAAUUUGUCUUCCGCCAGAUGUAGAGAUUUUACGUGCCAUGACAGCCUUUGUGGCAUUCGCACAAGAAGCGCAGGAACGGAGUCGAUCAACUUCUAGCGCUCUCAGUUACGCAUGUCAAAACUGGGCCUUCCAUCUCUCCCGAGCUCCACACCCGUGGGAUGACGGGUUCAACCAUAUAUUCAAGGUUUUCUGGAAUGGUCGUCUCCUUUCCUGGCUCGAAAGGCUGUGGUGUUUGAAAGGUCUGCAUUCUUGCCUCGCAGUUUUAUCCGAAGGGCAGAAACUUGCACAGGUGUGUAUGUUUGCGAUGGUUUUCACCACGCAGCACCUAACCUCCGCAUAUAGGCACAACUCCAAGCUCCAUAAUCAUCUCAGUCAUGAGUCUGGUGCUGUCGAUUGUAUGCAACAUGUCAUACUUAUCGACAUCGGUCUCUUCCCCACACGUUGCUUGAGUGUUUAUAGCACUCAUGCGCUCAGUGACGUGCGCAUUGAGGUAGAAGAAGCCCCAAUACAGUCCGAGGCCCACCGCCGCCUCUAUCCAUCUCUCGCCUCUCGUCAUCACCCACCGUUCCUCGCUACCGCCCACACAUCCACAUCCACCACCGAGCCCUACCAUCACUCAUCACCUGCUCGUCUGCCCCCGUCGCCACCCCACCCAGCCGCCACCCCUCACCCUGCAGCCUGGCGCUAUCAUUCUCCCACCCCCAUUCACACUCACACUAUCGUCCACUUACACUGUCACUCCCUUGAAUUCACGCACGAUCUAGUUGUAAUUUAA